ACCAGUGUUCCAAUUGCGGCAGUGGCUCCUGGUCCGUUUUACCCGGUCACGUAUUGGAUUUUUUUUCAACCGGGGAAGUGACUGAAUUACUGAAUUCCUCAUUUCAUUCAUUAGCUCAGACAUGAGGGACUUUAUAUUUAUUUUGGGAGCAUUAUUGUCACUGGGUCUUGGACGUUCAGAGGUCCUGGACACGAUAGCCCAGUGGCCACUUCUGGACUUCGCGCUGCCUUACGAUCGAGCUUUUUUGAAUGAAUAUCGACCGGAGAAUGUGGUGCCGACUGGAUUUGCAGUUGCCUGGCACAGAAUUUUCAUUUCAACUCCACGAUUGCGUGCCGGGGUACCGGCAACACUGAGCGCCAUUCCUCGGGAUAUACCACCCGGUAGUAGUCCUCAACUGCAAGCUUAUCCCUCCUGGGAGUGGCAUAAUGCUGGUAAAGGAGAGUUCAACUGCUCUAGAUUGAUUUCCGUUUAUAGAGUUAAUGUGGACAAGUGCAACAGGCUUUGGGUUCUUGAUAGUGGAAUUAAUACGUCCCUCGACGACUUCCGCGUUGUCUGUCCGCCGAAACUACUUAUUUUUGACUUGCAGACGGAUACCUUUGUGCGCUCGUAUGUCUUUCCACGUCGGUCCUUGAGACCAAAUAGUCUCCUCACUAAUUUGGUGAUUGAUGACACAUCAGCAAAUACCUGCGACGACGUUUUCGUGUACAUAACUGAUACAACUGGACCCGGUCUCGUUGUAUUCGAUGGAGCGACCGACAGGAGCUGGAGACUCCUCCACGCAUCAAUGUACCCUGAUCCGGAUUACUCAACUUAUCAGAUCGCAGGAGACUCAUUUGAGCUGUUUGACGGUAUCGUCGGCCUGGGCUUCUCCCCUCGUCUGAGUCAAGUGUACUAUCAACCACUUGCGACAGACCGCAUGUUCUCCAUUCCAACGUCAGCUCUGCAAUCAGGCCCUCCUCCCUUCGGUGAACAAUUGCCCGUCAGUCUGGUCGGUAGAAAGUCCAGUCAGGGACUGGCAAUGGCUGUUGACCCUCGCGAUGACACGAUACUAUUUGCCCCGCUGACCGAAACUGCUGUCGCCAGUUGGAAUCCACAUACGAAUAGCCAACGGAUAAUUGCAUAUCAGCCCGAGCAGUUCCAAUUCAUAGCCGAAUUAAGAUACGUAAAUCGAGACAACGGCAACAUCUGGCUGCUCUCCUCACGCUUCCAGAAGUUCUUCACACGACGAGUGAACAAUCAAGAAAUAAACUUGAGAAUCCUACGAAUUCGUCCCGACUCAACUCGCGCCCAUUCACCGGUUCCCCACCGCCUCGAUCCCUACGCCCUUAACUUAUACAACAACACUCUUCCCCAGUGAAAUGACCUCGCCCGAUAUUUCCCACAACUAGAAAGUAUAUUCAAAUUCAUUUAAUCAGAUGACAUAAAUGAAAUCAUAAAGCCAUUAGUUGUGGCUGGAUUUAGCAAUACUAAACCAAGGUAUCCCAGAGAUACCAUGGGUUUUAUAACAGUUUAGCAUUGACUGCUGGACCGUUUGGAUCAGCUUUGUCUGUGGUAAAUCGAGUUAUUUCGAGUGAAACCCAUCGUGAGAAUUUUUUUCAUCGUAGAAACUAUCAUUUGAAGAAUAAUUGAGUGAGAUUUUGCCAGUGAAGUGAUAAAAUAAACAAACUAAUGUCUCUGAAUCCAGGACACGUAUGAAAAAAUUUAUUAGAAAAACAGCGAAUUCGCUAG